AUGUAUAUGACAGAUGGCACAUUCGCCAAAAACGACUUGCAUGGGAAUCCGCGCGGGACUCUUCCAAAUUCGGCGACAUAUAGUCCUCCACCCCAAAGUGUCUACUGCACGUUUGCCAGUGAAAGGAUGCCGAUGAGACUUCGCUCAGAUAAAAUAGUCGGAGAUCUCGUUCGUAACAAUGACACAAGCACCAAACUCCGCAGAAAGCGGGUACCCCGUGUACCCUUCCCGUUUUUUGAGCUUCCGCCCGAGUUGUGCGUUCGCAUAUUGCGACAUGUGAGGAAGGUUGAGAGUACUCGUUCCCGUGCUUGGGAGUGUAGAUGUUUCCGUGAAAUUCGCCUUGUUUGUCGGGCAAUGAACGACAUAAUCGAGGAGAAUCGAGCCACCAUUGGGCCAAUGCAAGUGCAGAGACUAUUUAUCGGACAACACCAAGCAUUUGACCAGGGUCCCAAGCGUUUUGUGGUACAAGACGCUAGCGAAUUACCUAGUCACUUGAGUUCUUGUGCACAUUCUUACCUCCAACAGGCGUUCUUCUACAAGGUUUCGCUCAAAACCCCCAUGGUCGAGCACUUGAUCAGAAAACUGCGAGAAAAUCGUGUGCAUAUUCGUGGAAUGAUCUUUUACGGUGCUGUUUUCGACUGUGAUAGAGACGUACUAGUUGAUUUGUUCGAGACUUCAAGAACUGCUUGUCUGAUCAUGCUUGAGUGCCAGCUUCCUGAUAAUCUGGCAGAAUUUCUCGCACGCCAUGAGUUCAUCGCCACGAUGAAAUCGCAUUUCAUCGGAUCCUUCGAUAGUUUCCAGUAUUAUCAUGCUACCAUAAUCGCAUCACAAGAUGAUGAAUGGCUCAAAUGGUUUAUCGAGCUCACAUUGCCAUCUGUGACACCACCCGAUCCAUUUGAAAAUGAAUACGUGUGGCGUAUUUUGUGGAUUAGACAUGAACCGUUGAAGAGUGUGGCUUUGAAUAUGGAUUACUGUAUAUACGUAUUCAUGUUUGAUUCUGGCGUUGUUUCGUAUUUCGAAUCAUUCAGUUUGGAAAGCUCUUAUAGAUAAUCAGGCUUUUGUCAUUCAAAUUCAAAAACUAAACUUUCUUGAGUAUUUUCUUACACAUCUUCUCUUCCUAG